AUAAUGCAGCAUCUCCUUAUAUGGGCAUUUCUUAUAUACCUCACAUCCACCAACAAGGCACCAACCCAAGGACAGGAAGCUCCCCCCUGCAUUACCAUUAAAUCCAUUUCCGGUUACAUUUUAAAAGGUCACGUGAUUUAUACCAUAAAAGGAAACAGCYUCGACACAUGUGUCACGCAAUGUGCGAGUGACGAGAAAUGUUUUAGUGUCAAUUACAGUCACACAACACGAGUAUGUGAGGUAAACAGAGGGAGCAAAGGUAGUCAUCCUUGURACUUGAAGCCAACUAAUGACGACACAGUUUACAUGGACAGUUUACAACGCUUUAGAAAGAACGCAUGCGCACUUGGCCCUUGUAAAAAUGGUGGCACUUGUGUUGUGACGUCAUCGUGUGUUGGAUACGUGUGUGAUUGUGGCGCRUACUUUAAAGGACCGAAUUGUAAAGACUGCACGACUUUAGGAAUACCCCUUGGAAUGGAGAGUAAACUCAUCCCAGAUCAAUCCAUAACAGCGUCGACAUCCGAGCCCUCGUUCCCUCCGUACAGUGGACGUCUUAAUCAAAAGGCUGGAUCGCACUUGGAAGUGAUACAACGAACCCAUAUUUUCAGGUUCAACUUAAACAUGUCAAGCACAUCUCAAGAGUUCGUUUAAGCGGUAUACAAGCUGUAAUAGGAAGGCAAAACAUAACAGCAUGUAUAGAAGAAAUGUUCUUUUCAUACAGUUUGGAUGGUCAAAAAUAUAUCGAUUAUGUGAAGCCAGAUAAUGAUAGGACUUUCAGAGCUUUAUCAAACUGUGACAAAGAAUGGGAGAUUGCAUUUUCUUCGCCGAUUAAAGCCAAAUACCUGCGUAUUAGACCC